ACUCGUCACCUGUCCAGUUUUGACAGCAUCGUUUUAACAAUAUCGAGUCCACAUCAAUGUCAAUGUAUAAAAGUAGGAAUGGACAGAAUGGUUAUUGAGAGGGAUGGAAGGUGGAAGGCCAAUUACGGUAGCUACCCCAUUAAAUACAAAAGCUGGUUAACAUGGCGGGUUUUGCAGUGCGUAGAGUUUUAUUAAAUUUAUAUCAACAUCACCGAAAUUCUAACUACUAGUUAUUGUAAAGGAGAAGCUGAUUAAACCAUUUCGUCAACUCUCGAUUCUUCCUCGGCAGCCAAGAGUCGGUGAUUCACUGAUAAACUGACAAAAUGGUGGGACCUCUUAGGCCUCGGUUUGUCCUCUUUGGAUCCUCCAUUGUCCAGCUCAGCUUCAGCAAUGGCGGUUGGGGCGCCAUUCUCGCCGACGUUUACUCUCGCAAAGCGGACAUUAUUCUUCGAGGAUAUUACGGAUGGAACUCACGACGUGCCGUUGAGGUUCUUGAUCAAGUUUUUCCCAAGGAUGAUGCUACACAGCCUUCUUUGGUGAUUGUUUAUUUUGGUGGUAAUGAUUCAAUGGGGCCUCACUCAUCUGGCCUAGGUCCUCACGUUCCGCUUUCUGAAUAUGUUGAAAACAUGAAAAAGAUUGCAAAUCAUCUCAAGAGUCUUCCAGGUGGUACCCGCAUUAUUUUUCUAAGUUGUCCUCCUGUUGAUGAAGACAGAGUUAAUCGAGGCACAAGUGGAAUUUUUAGUGAGCUAGUAAGAACAAAUGAGCUAUGCAAGAAUUACUCAGAAGCUUGUAUAAAGAUGUGCCAGGAGUUAGAUGUGAAUGUGGUUGAUCUUUUCACUGCAUUUCAGCAGAGAGAGAAUUGGAUGACUGAUUGCUUUACAGAUGGAAUUCAUUUGUCUGAGGAGGGGAGUAAGAUUGUGGUGGCAGAGAUACUGAAAGUGCUCAAAGAAGCUGAGUGGAAGCCAUCUCUGCACUGGAAGUCCAUGCCCACUGAAUUUGCAGAGGAUUCGGCAUAUGAUCUUGUGGCGGCUGAUGGAAAGACUACGUUAAAUCCUUCUGAAUGGACAUUCCACAGAGAGAUUCAAUGGGACUAGGCUGCGGUUUCGGAAUCAUCCUAAUACUAUUUUGUCCUAUAACGGAACUGUCGGCCAAAAAUCUCACAACCAAAAAGGAAAAGGCUUAAAUGAUAAACACCCGAAAUCAGAGAUUGAGGGAUGAAUCAACUUAAAACAUUUUAGUGUAUCAGCCUGAAAUUGUAAAGCUGAGAAUAGAACCAUUCAUCCUUAAUAUUGUCGUAUGUUAUUCAGAUUUUAUAUGAAAUUUAUAUUUCUACAGAUGUUCACUUGUUCAUUUUUAUUUA